AUGGCCACCUCGUACCCCCGGCCAGACUUUCAACGCAAGACCCUCAACUGGGUCUCUCUUGACGGAACAUGGAGCUUUACCUUUGACGAUGACAACAUCGGCCUGGCCCUGAAAUGGCACAGCCAGGGCAUUCCUUGCAACACUGCAGACAAGCAGUGUAAGCGCGAAAUCAACGUCCCCUAUGCGUUUCAGACCCCGGCCUCAGGAAUUGGGUUGCUGGAGGCGCAUGAGCUCAUGUGGUAUGAGCGACGUCUCGACGAUAUUCGGACAGAGCGCGAAAAAGAUCAAGGAAAUCGGCUUCUCUUACGCUUUGGCGCAGUGGACUACGAGUGUUCUGUCUGGGUGAAUGGCCAUUUUAUCGGGGAACACCGUGGUGGCCACGUCCCUUUUGACCUGGACGUGACGGAUUCUUUCCGCGCAGACUCCAAGUCGGCCCGGCUGACUGUUCGAGUGAGAGAUUCGCCGUAUGAUCUGGCUCAGCCUCGUGGGAAGCAAUACUGGAAGCCGGUGUCGGAGAGUAUCUUCUACACGCCGACGGGUGGCAUCUGGCAAUCCGUCUGGAUUGAAAGCGUCCCCCCAAUGCGAUUGUGCUGUGGUAGCGGUGGAACCGUUCUACGCUCGGAUGACAUUGAGCAUGGUCAGCUGCACGCGCGAAUUGCCGUGACUGGCAGAUCCCCUCAGACUCCUUGUUCCGUGCAGAUUGAAGCCAUCUUGAACGGAGUGACUGUCGGCACAAAGGAGGCUGAAUUUCCUCGAGAAAGAGAUUUGGUCGCUCUUGAUCUGGACGUGAGAGUACCGGACGAUUCCGAGCUCAAACAGACCAUGCGAUACAAUGACGAGGAGGCCUGGCACAAAGGAGUAGCUCUUUGGGCUCCUGAGCACCCUGCGUUGUAUGAUAUUGCAAUGCGGCUCCACGAUGGCUCUGGAAGUCUUGUGGAUGAGGUUUAUACCACGGUGGGCAUGCGCAGCUUGUCGUGGCAAUCGGGCGAUGGCACGUUCCGAUUAAACGGCAGGCCUCUCUUCCAGGCGUUGACUCUAGACCAGGGUUAUUGGCCCGAGACAGGAAUGACGCCACCGUCAUCGGAGGCUCUCAGAGCAGACAUCGAGAUGGCAAAGAAACUUGGCUUCAACGGCUGCCGGAAGCACCAGAAAGUGGAAGAUCCUCGAUUUCUUUACUGGGCAGAUCGACUCGGCUAUCUGGUCUGGGGCGAGAUGGCCAAUGCCUACGAAUUUGGAAGUGACUAUACCGCACGCAUGAAUGCAGAAUGGACUGAAGCCGUGAAAAGGGAUAUCAACCACCCUUGUGUGAUUACGUGGACACCUAACAAUGAGAGCUGGGCCUACACCUCGUUGAAGGACAAUAUCGAGCAGCGGAACCACAUCCGCUCGCUUUAUUACAUGACCAAGACCCUCGACCCGAGCCGUCCCAUCAAUGACAACUGCGGCUGGGAACACGUACUCACCGAUCUGACGACCUAUCAUGACUAUGCGGACGCUCCAGAGCUAGCCCAGAUGUGUUCUAAAAUGGAAGGUGGGAUUCUCGGUCCCAAGGCCGGGCGCGAAAUGUUCGUCAGACCCAUCUUCUCCGAAUUUCCCGGCCACACACUUGUCGACGUUGGCGCCCAGCAUCAAGCCGGGGCACCGGUUCUCUGUACGGAGUUUGGUGGUGUCAACAUUGCACCCGCCAAGCACAGCGAGACCCGCGAGCGUGACUGGGGGUAUACCACGGCCACCGACGUGGAUGAUUUCUUAUGGCGCUUUGAGAAUCUGGUCAUGGCGGUUGUCAAGGGCGGGCAUACCUGUGGUUUGGUCUACACGCAGUUAUAUGACAUUGAGCAGGAAGUCAAUGGUCUGCUCACCUAUGAUCGUCAAGCUAAAGUCCCGGUGGCCAGAGUCAAGGCCGUUCUGGAUGCCGCUCAAGAUCUCUACUACCGGCGUCAAGGGACUCAGACUCCGAGGCGUGUUGGAAAGAUUUUGCAUGCUCUUCAUUUGCCUGGUCGGGCUUGA